AAAGAAUGCAACUCUCAAUUGUUCAUGCGUGACAGUGAGCUAAAGUGCCUUGCCAAUGACCUGUUCUUCUUUGAGAGUCUCCCUUUAACAUUCUUUCCCAAAACCCGUGAUCUGUGCCUUUCCCCCAUCCCCAGGAUUCCCAGCAAGGGUAGUGAUCUGAGGAGAAAUUUAAUCUCUCACCUUUGUCCCCAGGCUUGGCAGCUCACAUGGAUAACAACUGUCUCCUAACAUUGGCCCAGGGACAUGUCUUUCCCUAAACAAACCAACCUCUCCUCACGUCCCCCACUCUGUACUUUCACUGACUAUGCGUUGGCAGAUUCUGCCAAGUUUUACCUGUAACUGGCUUCAUUUUCAAGUCAGAUGUUUGGCUGCUGCUCUGUCCCCUGCAACAAGGAGCCAUGCCAGCUGGACACACACUUCUUCCAGGGCCUCUGGCAGCCAGGACAGAGUUGAGACCACAGCUGUUGAGACCCUGAGCCCUGAGUCUGUGUUGCUCAAGAAGGGCCUCCCCCGGCAAUGACAUCCUCAUUGCUUCUGGCCUUUCUCCUCCUGGCUCCAACCACAGUGGCUACUCCCAGAGCUGGUGGUCAGUGUCCAGCAUGUGGAGGGCCCACCUUGGAACUGGAAAGCCAGCGGGAGCUGCUUCUUCAUCUGGCCAAGAGAAGCAUCUUGGACAAGCUGCACCUCAGCCAGCGCCCAACACUGAACCGCCCUGUGUCCAGAGCUGCUUUGAGGACUGCACUGCAGCGCCUCCAUGGGGUCCCACAGGGGGCACUUCCGGAGGACAACAGGGAACAGGAAUGUGAAAUCAUCAGCUUUGCCGAGACAGGCCUCUCCACCAUCAACAAGACUCGUCUUGAUUUUCACUUCUCCUCUGAUAGAACUGCUGGUGACAGGGAGGUCCAGCAGGCUAGUCUCAUGUUCUUUGUGCAGCUCCCUUCCAAUACCACUUGGACCUUGAAAGUGAGGGUCCUUGUGCUGGGUCCACAUAAUACCAACCUCACCUUGGCUACUCAGUACCUGCUAGAGGUGGAUGCCAGUGGCUGGCAUCAACUCCUCCUGGGGCCUGAAGCUCAAGCUGCCUACAGCCAGGGGCACCUGACCCUGGAGCUGGUACCUGAAGGCCAGGUAGCCCAGAGCUCAGUCAUCCUGGGUGGAGCUGCCCAUAGGCCUUUUGUGGCAGCCCGGGUGAGAGUUGGGGGCAAACACCGGAUUCACCGACGAGGCAUCAACUGCCAAGAAGGGUCCAGGAUGUGCUGUCGACAAGAGUUUUUUGUGGACUUCCGUGAGAUUGGCUGGCACGACUGGAUCAUCCAGCCUGAGGGCUACGCCAUGAACUUCUGCAUAGGGCAGUGCCCACUACAUGUAGCCGGCAUGCCUGGUAUUGCAGCCUCCUUUCACACUGCAGUGCUCAAUCUUCUCAAGGCCAACACAGCUGCAGGCACCACUGGAGGGGGCUCAUGCUGUGUACCCACAGCCCGGCGCCCCCUGUCUCUGCUCUACUAUGACAGGGACAGCAACAUUGUCAAGACUGACAUACCUGACAUGGUAGUAGAGGCCUGCGGGUGCAGUUAG